AUGUCCAUCACAUGCACCCUGCACAUGGACGCAGAAACCUUGUUGACUUCCCUGCAACCAAAGUCAACUACAACAACCGCUGCUGCCAUCGCCGUGUCCGAGCUCACGCCAUGCUCCCCCACGGACUGCUCCUCCCCCAAGAUGAUGAAAAGGGUUGAUCCACCACCACACCUGGAAUCACCGCCGACCUCAGCAAACCACUCGCGCCCAGGCUCCCGGAGCACCGUCCGCUCUCGCCCAACAAGCCGGCGCAGCUCGCUGCAUUCUGCACGGCGGACGGUCCCAACUGCUGCCAUCGUCCCCGUUGCGAGUGUCUCGCGCACCACGCCGCAGGAACGCCGCGAGUCGUUGCUUGCGCUGCACCGCGAGUCGGUUAGGCUGUUCCAGGACCAGGAGACGAAUCCGUGGUCCUUGGAGGAUGUGGUCCGACGGCCCUCGUCAUCGAGGAGGGUCUCGUCGAGUUACAGACACAGGCCUGAGCCGCGGACGUCGUCAGAUGCGGGCUCAGGCUCGGCGCCGCCCUCGCCUAUUGCUUCGUCCUACUCCAGCCGUGCAACAGACCAGCAGCACGGCUAUCAUCGCCGCUCUGGGAGCUCUGCCGCGCCUUCUCGUCCCUCGCGAGAGAGAUCAUAUUCAUAUACUCUCCCGGGUCCGGCACAAGACCAUGCACACGGACAAGAACCAUUCCACAGCCCGUCCGCCUCAUCAGUCCAUGUCCCCGCCACAGUGAUGGAAUGGACAUCGCCCACGACCCGCCGGCGCGAAUAUGAGAAGAUCGACCGCGCCAGCCGCGGCGUGCGCGGGCUGUGGCGCCGUGUUGCACCGCGCUGGUUCCGACCCGAUGAUUCGCGUACUCCCUUCUUCGAGGAGGGGCGGUCGAGUCGGAAUCGCGAGGGUAGCGUGCGCAGGUUUCGCAUGGAUUUGCCUGAUGAUCAUGACUAUGAGCGGACUGGCUCGACGGCGAGGCACGAGGAUGACGAGGAGGAUUGUGGGCUUGACGAGGAGCAUGGCUCCCAUAAUGAUAAACCGCAUGUGCGGAUAGUGGAUUGUCGAGCCCGGAAUCUUUCAUCCCAUGCGAAUGCGAACGAGGGUCGUCGACGGUGGACUCCUCUGCGCUCGCGGACCGCGCCUUGA